CAUCCCUUUAAAUUACAAAUGGCCACCUGCGUCGAUUUGUUUGUGUUGAAUACGUGACAAUUUCGCUUUUUUGACUAUAAACAAAUUACAAAGUGGACUACAAAUUAAAAUCCCAAAAUGGGAGUACCAGCAUUCUUUCGAUGGCUAAGUCGUAAAUACCCUAGCGUUAUUGUCGAAUGUGUUGAACAGAGGCCAACCGACGUAGAUGGCCAGCUCAUAUAUGCAGACUCCUCAUUACCAAAUCCUAAUGGGAUCGAAUUUGAUAACCUAUAUUUGGAUAUGAAUGGAAUCAUCCAUCCCUGCACACAUCCUGAAGAUAAGCCGCCUCCCAAGGAUGAAGACGAGAUGAUGGUGGCUAUCUUCGAAUGUAUUGACAGGUUGUUUCGCAUCGUAAGGCCGAGGAAACUGUUGUACAUGGCUAUUGAUGGAGUUGCACCUAGAGCUAAAAUGAACCAACAAAGGUCUCGGCGUUUUAGAGCAUCUAAAGAGACACAGGAAAAAAUAGACGAGAUAGCCCGGAUCAGAAACGAGCUCCAAGUCAAGGGGGCAUACUUACCACCAGAGAGACCCAAAGAGGCACAUUUUGACUCCAACUGUAUCACUCCAGGAACGCCAUUCAUGGAUCGGUUGAGCAAGUGCUUACAUUACUAUAUUCAUGACAGAUUAAACAAUGACCCUGGCUGGAAGGGAGUCAAGGUUAUACUAUCGGAUGCAAAUGUGCCCGGGGAGGGGGAGCACAAAAUAAUGGAUUACAUCAGGAGACAAAGGGCCCAGCCAGAUCAUGACCCCAACACUCAGCAUGUGCUGUGCGGAGCUGAUGCGGACCUCAUCAUGUUAGGUCUGGCGACCCACGAGCCGAACUUCACCAUAAUCCGUGAGGAGUUCAAACCCAACAAGCCCAGGCCAUGUGAUGUCUGUGGCCAGCUAGGUCAUGAAAUGAAGGAGUGUACAGGAACUACACCGGACGCCUCACUGGUGCGAUCCGAUCCCUCCUUCGGUAACCAGGACAGCUUCAUCUUCGUGAGGUUGACGGUACUGCGAGAGUAUCUGGAGAAGGAGCUUAGCAUGCCGAAUCUUCCGUUCAAGUACGACUUCGAGCGCGCCCUGGACGACUGGGUGUUUAUGUGCUUCUUCGUGGGGAACGACUUCCUGCCGCACCUGCCCUCGCUGGAGAUACGGGAGGGCGCGGUGGACCGGCUCGUCAACUUGUACAAGAAAUGCGUCUACAAAACUAGGGGUUGGAUCACGGACUCGGGCGACGUGAACCUGGACCGGGUGCAGGUCAUCAUGGACGAGUUGGGGCGCGUCGAGGACGAGAUCUUUAGGCGGAGGCAUCAGAACGAGCUCAGCUUUAAGGCGAGGGAAAAGAACAAGAAGCAGCAGAAGAUCAACUUCGAACUGCUGGAGAAGACGCAGUUCGCACCAGUGAAAGUGGGAGAGGAGUCCAAAACAGUGGAGAACGCUCGCAAGGAGGCGGCUAACAUCCGCCUGGCGGGGAUGCAGGCUGUGGCGGAGGCGGAAAAGGAGCAGCGCGGCCAGAAGCGGUCGGCGGAGCAGGCGGGGCUGGACGACGACGACGCUCAUGAUGAAGUGAGGCUCUGGGAGGAAGGCUUCAAGGAGAGAUACUACGAGAGCAAGUUCGAGGUGGCCAGGGACAACCUGGAGUUCAGGUACCGCGUGGCGCUGCAGUACGUGCGCGGCCUCUGCUGGGUGCUCCGCUACUACUACCAGGGCUGCGCCAGCUGGAAGUGGUACUUCCCGUAUCACUACGCACCGUUCGCCUCCGACUUCGUCAACAUCCAGGGCCUGUCCACCAAGUUCGAGAGAGGCACGCAACCGUUCCGUCCCCUGGAGCAGCUGAUGGGCGUGUUCCCGGCCGCCAGCUCGCAGCACGUGCCUCGCCCCUGGGCCACGCUCAUGUCGGACCCGUUCUCCCCCAUCAUCGACUUCUACCCCACGGACUUCAAGAUAGACCUCAACGGGAAGAAGUUCGCGUGGCAGGGGGUCGCCCUGCUGCCCUUCGUCGACGAGACCAGGCUGUUCAAGGCCCUGGAGCCGUACUACGACGACCUCACACAGGCCGAGAAGCAACGGAACAUCAAGGGCCACGACCGCCUCUACGUGGCGCCGGCCAACAAGAGCUACGAGUUCCUGUCGGCCCUGUACUCGGAGGCCGGGGACGACCAGCACAGGCUCAUACACGCGGACCAGAAGUACCCCUUCAGGUGUGACGGAGUCCGCGGAGACGUCAUGCUCAGCGCGGACUGUGUGCGCCUCGGAGGCCAGCUGCCGUCGCCAGUGGUGGGUCUGGAGCCGGUGACGGACAACCGGGUGGUGUGUGUGAGGUACCAGGACCCGCAGUUCCCCGAGGAGUUCGUGUUCCCGGCCAGGAGGCUGCGCGGGGCCGUCGACCCGCCCAGGGUGCUGAAGCCGGGGAACCUCAGCCAUCAGGAGAACAGGAACUGGCGUCCACAGAUAGGAAUGGUCCGCUCGCACACGGUGGCGUCCCUGGAGGUGGCCGGCCACCGCAUGCUGGGUCACCAGCUGUCCCGGAACCCGCGCGCCGCCGGGCCGCCGCCGCAGCACAGUGAGUCUCGCAUGCCUUAUCGGUCGCAAUCGUUCGGGCCUUACCGUGGCGGAUACGUGCCCAGUCAGGGUUACAACCAGGGCUACAACCGCUCCUACAACACACAGGGGCAAGACAGAGGGUACAACCAGGACAGAGGGAACCACAACCAGGACAGAGGGAACCACAACCAGGACAGAGGGAACCACAAUCAGGACAGAGGGAACCACAACCAGGGGUACCGCCAGAACUACAACAGCAACCAGAACUACAGACAGAAUCAAGGUUACUCGCAGAAUAAGUACCAGGGUGGGUACCAGAGGCAGGGGAACGACAGGCAGGGGUACGGACAGGGGAAUAACCAGAACCAAAGACCUUCCGGGUCGAGUCGGUAUCAGGGAAACUCGACGUGGCGCUGACAUUAGAUAAUGCUAUCCAUGUGACAGGAAAUGAGGGUAGUUACCCUUCAAUAGAUAUAAAAGUUAGAGAAUUAAUAAUUAUACAUAGUUGCGAUGUUGUACAUACUGUAUCAAACGCAACUUGACGAGCUGCAGUCUACAGGCUCGGUCUCCCGACCUCCACACAUAUCAGUCUUCGCUGCGGAGGUGAUCCACCGACCAGUCCGGCGACCGGUCGGCCGACUGGCUUACGACGACGUCGACUACACAGAUAACUACUCCUUAGACAUAGCAAUACGAUUAUAAGACAAAAAGGAAAGCUGCAAUAGCGUGACAUAGAGCAGACUUACUCGCAGUGUUUCAUAAAUAAAAAAUAUAAAUGGACAAACAAA